AUGUUGGCUCUGAUUCCCACCAAAACUGUGUUCUAUGAAGUCAAGUGUGUGUUUCUGUUCCUUUCAGUCCUGGAGUUUACAGUGGGAAUUCUGGCCAAUGUCUUCAUUUUGUUGGUGUAUUUUCGGGACAUGGUGAGGAGGCAGCCCCUGAGCACCUGUGACCUUGUCCUGCUGAGUCUCAGCUUCACCCGGCUUUUCUUGCAUGGGGUGCUGCUUCUGGAUGUCAUCCAGCUUACCCAUUUCCAGAGCAUGAAAGAGCCACUGAGCCUCAGCUUCCAAAUCACCGUCAUGCUCUGGAUGAUGACAGAACAAGCUGACCUCUGGCUCUCCACCUGCCUCAGCUUCCUCUACUGCUCUAAGAUCGUCCGUUCCUCGCACUCCUUUCUGCUCAGCUUGUUCAGCUGGAUCUCCAGGAAGAUCUCCCGGAUGCUCCUGGGGGCUGUUUUUUUCACCAGUGUCUGCAUGGUCAUCUGUUCUUCGCACAUUUGUAGGAGACCUCACUUGACAGUCACAACUGUGCUAUUCAUAAAGAAUGAUACAGAACACAAUUUGCAAACUGCAAAACUUCAGUUCUUUCAUUCCUUCCUCUUAUGCAGCCUGGGCUCCAUCCCGCCUUUCCUGUGUUUUCUGGUUUCUUCUGGGGUGCUGAUUGUCUCCCUGUGGCGCCACAUGAGGACAAUGAGGGCCAAGACCACGGACUCUCGUGACCCCAGCCUGGAGGCCCACCUCAAAGCACUCAGAUUCCUCAUCUCCUUUCUCUGCCUCUUUGUGCUAUCAUUCUGCGCUGCCCUCCUCUCGGUGCCUUUACUGGUGCUGUGGUACAACAAGUUCGGGGUCAUGGUCUGCCUGGUGGUCAUGGCAGCCUGUCCCUUGGGACAUUCAGCCAUCCUGAUCUCGGGCAAUGCAAAGCUGAGGAGAACCGUGGACGGAAUUCUACAGUGGCUUCAGAGCAGACCACAGCAGGCCACAGCAGGCCACAAGGCAGAUCCCAGGCCGCCAGAUCUGUGUUGA